UCCACAGAUAGAGAGAGAGCUUAGUCAAACCAUGAGAAAGAGACUGUGACAGAGACUACUGAGAUAAGCUGAUAAGGGGUAACAAUGAGUGGACAGACCUAGACAAGACAAUUUCUUCAUUCUGAAAAAAAUUUCAACAGACCUUUUUGGACCACCACCUCCCAUUCAAAGUAAACUUGGUACAAAUACCCUUCUGAAGCUGCAAUGGCAGACAGCAGCAGUCUCCCAUUGUCAUCCUACAUCAUGGAUGAGGAAACUCUGAAGAGAAAACAAAAAGAGAAGCUAAAGAAGUUGAUGGCUACAGGAGGCAAUCCAAGGCCUACACGCUCUCUCCUCUUCUUGACACUGAGGAAUCCCUUUCGCAAGGCUUGCAUCAGUAUUGUGGAGUGGAAACCUUUUGAAAUCAUAAUCUUACUGGCCAUUUUUGCCAACUGUGUGGCUCUGGCUGUGUACUUGCCCAUGCCUGAGGAAGACAGCAACAACACCAACAGCAACUUGGAAAGCCUGGAGUACAUUUUCCUCAUCAUCUUCUCUGUUGAGUGUUUCCUGAAGAUUGUUGCCUAUGGAUUUCUUUUCCAUGCAGAUGCAUACUUAAGGAAUUGCUGGAACAUUCUGGACUUUGUCUGUGUAUCUGUUGGGCUUUUCACUGUGGUUGUGGAUGCCAUUAAUCACAUCAGUGGGGUGGAGGCUCCAGUAGGAGAAAAAGGUGGUGGCUUUGACAUGAAAGCUCUGCGGGCAUUCAGAGUUCUCCGACCACUUAGACUGGUCUCUGGAGUACCCAGCCUGCAAGUGGUGAUGAACUCCAUUCUAAAAUCGAUGCUUCCUCUUUUUCACAUCACCCUACUGGUCCUUUUUAUGGUCACCAUCUACUCAAUCAUGGGAUUGGAGCUUUUCAAAUGCAAAAUGCACAAAACCUGCUACUACAUUGGCACAGACAUUAUUGCGACAGUGGAGAAUGAGAAGCCGGCUCCAUGUGCUCAAGCGGGGAAUGGUCGGCGUUGUACCAUCAAUGGCACAGAGUGUCGAGCUGGCUGGCCAGGCCCUAACCAUGGAAUCACCCAUUUUGACAACCUGGGCUUUUCAAUGUUGACCGUCUACCAGUGUAUCACCACACAGGGGUGGACAGAUGUCCUUUACUGGGUCACCUUACUUCCUCCCUUUGUGUGUUUUCCCGCUGUUGUGAUUGUCGGCCCCACCCUGAUUGUCUCCACCUGUUUCCCCUUACCUUGUGUAUAUAUAGUCUGCGUCUCCUUUUGUCCUGUGCCAGUUCGUCUUGUCUCCUCUAAUGAGAAAAAGUGUGUUUUCUACAAGGAAGGCCAGUUCUACCCGGUAAACCUGGUCAGGAACGUGGCCCUGAAGAACGCCAACACGCCAUACGUGUUCCUGACUGACGUGGAUUUCCUGCCAAUGUACGGCCUCUACGAUUACCUCAGAAGGUCCGUGGUGCUGCUGGACAUGGCUCACACUAAGAAGGCUCUGGUGGUUCCAGCUUUCGAGACGCUUCGGUAUCGUCUAUCCUUCCCCAAAUCCAAAGCUGAGCUGCUCUCCAUGCUGGACAUGGGGACUCUCUACACCUUCAGGUAUCAUGUGUGGCCUAAAGGUCACGCUCCUACCAACUAUGCCAAAUGGCGAACUGCCACCACACCUUAUAAGGUGGAAUGGGAGCCAGACUUUGAGCCGUACGUUGUGGUGAGACGGGACUGUCCAGAGUACGACCAGCGCUUUGUAGGCUUUGGCUGGAACAAGGUGUCGCAUAUCCUGGAGUUAGAUGCACAGUCUCUCCUGAAGAGCAGCAAAUAGGUCAGAGAGCUCCUGGGUUCCAAAGGAUGGUGGCCUCAAAAUCCGCAGCUUCUGCGUCAGCUGUGCUGUUGCCCUCAUCUGAUAUCAUGUCUAUUGUGAUUCCUCUCCAAACAUCCAUUUCUUCUUAGGCCCAGACAGCUGUCCUGUCCAGCUGUAUAAUUAGAACUGCUCUGUGGUGUUAACACACAGAUAUUAUGGC